AUGCUCCCACAGCUGCCGCAAUCGCCCCCGUGCCUCCCUUCAGGCGUGAUGGACCCCUGUCAAGCGGGAGGUUGCUGCGGCUGCACCAGCAGCAACAGCAGCUGCUGCGAGGAGUCGGGAACGGAGCCCUUCCUGCAGCAGUCCUGCUGCGUAGCUGCAGCAGGGGAGCUUGCCUGCAGCCGGUGUGCUGCGUACGCUCAACUGCUGCGGCUGCGGUGUGACUCAUCCCCUUCAUUUUUCGCCCCUCCCCCUGCUGCUGCUGCUGCAUUCUCUUCCGCUGCUCUCCCAAAGUCGGAAGAGCUGGAAACCGCUGCAGCAACAGCAGCUGCAGCAGCAGCUCACGGUUCCCCAGCAGAGCUGCAGCGCUGCGCUGCUGCACCGGCAGAGUCCCCUUCGGCAUGCUGCUGCUGCUGCUUCUACUACGGCGUCAGCAGCAGUUGCGGCAACACCAGCUGCGGCAACACCAGUUGCGGCAACACCAGUUGCGGCAACACCAGUUGCGGCAACACCAGUUGCGGCAACAAUAGUUGCGGCAACAAUAGUUGCGGCAACAAUAGUUGCGGCAACAAUAGUUGCGGCAACAACAGUUGCGGCAACAACAGUUGCGGCAACAACAGAUGCGGCGGCAGCAAUUGCGGCGGCGGCAGCAGUUGCAGCAGCAGCAGUUGUGGCGGCAGCAGCAGCGGCAGCAGCAGCAUCAACUGCGAAGGGUGGGGUCCUCUGCCCGGGGGUGCCAGCGAGGAGAUGCAAUGCUUGUUUAGUAGUGCAUGCAUGCCCUGUCUGGCGCUUCAGGAGGCGGCCGUUCCCUUAGCAGCAGAAGAUAACAACGGACGCUCGCAGCUGUGGGGCCCGUCGGAGGAUAGUUGGGUGCCUCGCGACUGCUGGGGACCCCCCGCGAGGUGCACCGGCACGGGGGGACCCCCUGGACACGACAGGCGGCCUGCUGCAGCAGGCGUGGGGACCCUGCUGCUGCAGCUGCCAAGCAGCCUCAUCUGCGAUGCUGCGAGACUGACGAGCGCCCGCAGUCCCCUCAACUUCAGCGAAGGCACCUUACGGGCCCUCCCGUCAUGUAGUGCAGCAGAGGUAGAAGCCGCCACACCACCAGCUGCACAAGACUGCUGCCAGCAACGCUGCAGCGGCGCGUACAGCUGCCGGAGCAGCACCAGCACCUGCUGCUGUGCAUUCGAAGCAGAAGUACUGAGACAGCACAGAAUGGAGGCAGCAGAUGAUCUGCUACGACUGGACGAAGACCUACUACUCCACGGUGAACAAACUGCUGCAAUUCCAACUGGCGCUAGUGCUGCUCCUUCAGCAGCAACUGCUGCUGCUGCCUCGCCAGCCGCUCCCACUUUGUGUCGCGACGUCCAGCAGCAGCGGCACGAGCCGCAGCAGCGGCAACGGCAGCAGCAGCCGCUCGACCUGCAACGCUUCGAACAACUCUCCCCCUUGCCGAUGUCCUCCUGCGCAAGUGGAUGCUCCUCUCCUAUGCAGCCGACGCACAUCGAUCAGCAUACACCUUCCAACCAGCAGCAGCAACAGCUGACGGUCCUUGAGGGCCAGGGCACCACACAGUCUUUGUCACUGGAGAGCCAACAGGCAGAAGCAGCGGCUCUCAUCAUGACGGAGAAGAGGACCCGCUCAAGGCGACGCCGCUUCCUAGAACCCCUUGCGGCCCCAAGACAACAGCAUCACCACCACCAGCAGCACCAACAGCAGCAGCACCAACAGCCACAGCGUCAACAGCAGCAGCACCAGCAUCAGCAGAACCAGCAUCAGCACCAAGAACAGCAGGAGGAGCAGCAGCAACAGCAGCAACGGCAGGAACAGUUAACUCCCGGGGGUUGUUGUGGCGGCCAGACCUGUAUUUGCUCGCGACAACAGCAGCAACAAACUGCAGGCAGCUUCUAUGUGGCAGAGGCGGACGCGGCAGCUGGGCAGAACUGCUACGGGGGCUCACAUGCAGAGCAGCAGCAAAAAGAGCAGCAGGAAUCGAUGCUGCUCCACUUGGACAAACGGAAGGUACUGACAAACACCCCUUCCGCGGAGGCGAACUGCGAUGACUGGCAGGCUAGCCGCGGUGACCAGUGGUCUUGUGAUGGGCGGGGGGGCCAAUCACUGAUGCUGGCCUCAGAGGAGCAGCAACGGCAGCGGCAACAGCAGCUCUCUCCAGCCUCAUACUAUGACUUUUCGUGUUCACCCUCCACAGCAGCUACUAACUCACAGCAGCAGCAACAACAACAACAACAACAACAACAACAGCAACAGCAACAGCAACAGCUGCAUCACGGCGAGUCGCCCACAUUAACUUGCAGCGCGUGUGGCAAUGCACCCACUUGCUGCUGCUGCGGCUCAUUGGUACUUGAUCAACAGCAACAGCAGCAGCAGCAAAGAGUGGGUAUACACACUUUAGUGGAUGGCACGAUGGCGGGGCAGCUCUCCCAUGUGCCGCCAGAGUCGGGAGUGGGCAAUGAGCCAGCAUCAAGCAACAGCAGCAGCAGAAGCAACGCAGCGCAGAAAUUGGGCCAAGACUCGUCUCCACCGUCUGGAUCGCGUUCGCCCAAAGUAGAAGAAACAGCAGCUGCUGCAGCUGCUGCAGCAGCUGCAGCAGCGGCUGCAAAUGUGGGGACCCCGUUUGCAUGCGGAGGGGAACUGCCUGUUUGUUUGCCUCAAAGCGAAGACAGCAGCCCAUGCCCAUCUCUGCUCCGGCUCACAGAGGCACAAUGGCAGCAAUUCAGGGCCCAGGGACUCUUCAAGCUUGGGGAUAAGGGGCGGGCCAUAAUUAAAAGCAGAAUUUCCAGGCAGCUCCGCGUCUUCCCUCAUCUUCGCAAGAGGGCUUCGGCAGUGGCUGGGGUCCGAUGCGCCACUACUAAGCAGCUCUUCCAGCUGGCGCAGAUAUGUGGGUUGUAUGACGUGCUGCCUCCCCAAUUCCAGCCAGUCUCCUUCAGGGGCUCGCAGCAGGGGCAACCGCAACAGCAGAAUUGCCAACUGGAUGCACAGCAGGGGGUGCAUCAGGAUGCAACAGCAACAGCAACAGCAGCAGCAGCAGCUGUGGUGGGCCCCUUCUCCUCCCUCAGCCCUCUAACCAAUAGCUCGCUCACUGACACGGGACCAGCGGGUGGUGCUACCACGGUGGCCGCACAAGCACUCAUGGUUGGAGACUUCGAGGGGACGUCUCCUGGGAGCAGCACCAGCAGCAGCAACAACAGUACCAACACUGGAUUUUGGCAGCAGCAGCAAAUGCUGCUGCAGAAUAUGCAGCAGCAGUCGCAGCAGCAGGUUUUUUGCGAGCAACAGCAUCUGCAGCUUCAUUUACUCUGA